AACCGACCGGCUGACCCGCAUGUCGUAGGUCUACUUCCGGCGGCCGCAGCACGCGGCCCCCGGGAUUGGCCGAGCCAGGCGGCAGUGGGCGGGACCGUCGCGUGUUCCCAGUCGCUAUCGCGGUCGCGUCGGAGCUUGCAGGUCAGAUCCGUCGUAAAUGCGCCGGGUGCUGCUGGGCUUGGCCUGAGAGUAACAGCCCCUAAAGGUCACUUCCUUUAGAGCGUCGCGUGUGGGUCUCUGCGCCCUGGAGUCGCUUUGCCUCAGCUACCUCGCCGACUUCCGAGGGGCAACAGCACAGCCCACAACCCUCACAGCACAGAGUCAGCCUCAAGUGGAGUUUCAAGAACAUGGAUCUAGUGAUGUGGGGGAGUCUUCACCCAGGCCUGGCAGUGUGGGUCCAGAGAGCAGACGGAGCCGAGUUAUGCGUCCCUAUGCCAGCACCAUGCACCAGACACCCAGUCACAGACGCACCUCUGUGUUCAUUGUGUGUGUGUGUUUGUGUCUGUACUCUGGACAGAACAUACUUCACAGCGUAUUUGGAUUGAUGAACAAUUUCUAAAUAUUUGGACACAUGAGCUGUUACAGAGCGGUGAUGGGAAUUUCCUACGAGACCCCGCCCCCGGCUGAGUCACUCCCCGUGUUUGACCUGAAGUCCUCCCCCUCCCGAGCUGCAGAAGCCUGAAGACCAAGGAGUGGAAAGUUCUCCAGCAGCCCUGAGAUCGCAAGAGUGACAUUUGUGAGACCAGCUAAUUUGAUUAAAAUUCUCUCGGAAUCAGCUUUGCUAGUAUCAUACCUGUACCAGAUUUCAUCAUGGGAAACAGCUGUUACAACAUAGUAGCCACUCUGUUGCUGGUCCUGAACUUUGAGAGGACAAAAUCAUUGCAGGAUCUGUGUAGUAACUGCCCAGCUGGUACAUUCUGUGAUAAUAGCAGGAAUCAGAUUUGCAGUCCCUGUCCUCCAAAUAGUUUCUCCAGCGCAGGUGGACAAAGGACCUGUGACAUAUGCAGGCAGUGUAAAGGUGUUUUCAAGACCAGGAAGGAGUGUUCCUCCACCAGCAAUGCAGAGUGUGACUGCAUUUCAGGAUAUCACUGCCUGGGGGCAGAAUGCAGCAUGUGUGAACAGGAUUGUAAACAAGGUCAAGAACUGACAAAAAAAGGUUGUAAAGACUGUUGCUUUGGGACAUUUAAUGACCAGAAACGUGGCGUCUGUCGACCCUGGACAAACUGUUCUUUGGAUGGAAAGUCUGUGCUUGUGAAUGGGACGAAGGAGAGGGACGUGGUCUGUGGACCAUCUCCAGCCGACCUCUCUCCAGGAACAUCCUCUGCGACCCCGCCUGCCCCUGCAAGAGAGCCAGGACACUCUCCGCAGAUCAUCUUCUUUCUUGCGCUGACUUCGACUGUGGUACUCUUCCUGCUGUUCUUCCUCGUGCUCCGUUUCUCUGUUGUUAAACAGGGCAGAAAGAAACUCCUGUAUAUAUUCAAACAACCAUUUAUGAGACCAGUACAAACCACUCAAGAGGAAGAUGGAUGUAGCUGUCGAUUUCCAGAAGAAGAAGAAGGAGGAUGUGAACUGUGAAAUGGAAGUCGAUAGGGCUGUUGGGACUUCCUUGAAAAGAAGCAAGAAGAUAUGAGUCAUCCCGCUAUCACAGCUUUCAAAAUCAAGAGCACUAUCCUACAAAUACCCAGGAUUCCCCCAACACAUGUUCUUUCCUCAGUGCCAAUGAGUUGGCCUUUAAAAACACACCACUUCCUUUUUUUUUUUUUUUUUUUUUUUGGACAGGGUCUCACUCUGUCACCCAGGCCGGAGUGCAGUGGCACCAUCACGGCUCUCUGCAGCCUUGACCUGCGGGAGCUCACGUGAUCCUCCUGCCUCAGUCUCCUGAGUAGCUGGAACCAUAAGGAAGAACCACCACACCUGACUAACUGUUCUGUUUUUCGUUUUGGUAGAGAAGGCAUUUCGUCAUGUUGUCCAGGCUGGUUUCAUACUCCUAGGCUCACUUAGGCCUCCCAAAGUGCUGGGAUUACGGACAUGAGCUUUCAUGCCCGGGCAAAAUAAUGCACCACUUUUAACAGAACAGAUAGAUGGGGCCAGAGCUGAUGAUAAAAAAGCAUUUUCUAGAUACCACUUAACAGGCUUGAGCUAGUUUUUUUGAAAUCCAAAAGAAAAUUAUAGUUUAAAUUCAAUUAUGUAGGCCAGUGGUCCAACUACAAUGAUAAUCAAAAUCAGUGCAGGUUUGUGUUUUGGUGCUAAUAUGACAUAUGACAGUAAGCCACAAGGUGCAGUAAGUACCCCAACUAAACUUCCCAUUGCUUCUGUCAUGUAACAUGACAUGCUCCACCAUCAGGGGAGUAUGAGGAGACUGCCUGAAUUUGGGGUCAAGGGCAAAAAACCUCAGGCCUGUAGGAAGUUUUGGAAAGGGUUCAAGUGUCUGCAUAUCCUGUACACUUUCUGCCUUUGUCCUGCUCCCUUUUAAGCCAGGUUAUAUUCUAAAAAUUCUUAACUUUUAACAAAAUAUUUUAUAUAAAAGCCAAUAAAUGAACCACAUA